AUGGCGGGAGCACGAGGGAAGACGCAGGCAUAUGGAUCGGCGGGAUGGAUCCAGAGCGAAAGACAACAGAUAGAACAGUUUGUGGGACAGGAAAACGAGGACUUUUCAUACAGUGUGCGUAACGAGCUGGAAUGGCUGCAAGCGCACGUUGGCGAAGUCUUUGCAACCAACAAUGUCAACUUCGCAGACGUGUUCAAGACGCCCGGCAAGCUACGCGGCAAAACACCGCGAACCGCGCGAAAGCAGAACAUAGCCGGACCGCGACAGCCAUUGACCGACAUCUUCGCCCCCAACGUACCAGCACCACAAUCCGCGCAGAAGACGGCAUUCUUCGACAAGGUCGCGCAUUUCCGCAUCGCAGAAGACGCGGAGAACCAACCGCCAGCACAUCGACCGAGCAGUCGCGGCAAGAGCCCGCAGCGCAUCGGUAAGAACAUCAACACAGACUCUGGUUACCACGGCAUGACCGAAGACGAGAUGGAUGUUGACAGUAAGACGGAAACAGCGACGCAAUCGAGCCAGCAGAGCGAGGUGCAGAAAGUGCCGCUGCGUGAGAAUCAGCCCCCACGGCAGCGACAGAAUGCUGGAUCGGCUGGCGUCAGUAGUGAUGACUCCUUUUUGUCGGCCAGAGAGGACUUGACGAGCCGCCACGCGUCGAAGGCUCAGCUUGUGCAUGAGACUGGUGAUGAGGAAGUUGCUGAGGAGGGACAGAUGGAGGUGGACGCGGAGACCGCGGAGAAUGCUGAAGCCGACGUACAUGGCGAGAAUGUUGAAGUUUUUGGGUCAGAGCCGGACCAGGAUAUGGACGAUGUGGAGUCACGAUCACAGUCCGACGCGUCAAGCCCCGAGAAGCCACUGCAGAGGAAGAGCAGCUUCACUUUCACGGCGCUACCAGCGCGUGAGCCGCUCACAGCAACGAAGAGCAUGGGAGCGCGUAACAGCCAGAUUGAAGCACGCAACAGCACCUUGGGGCGAUCUUUUGGCGCCAAAAGUUUUGGUGCAAGCAAUAAUGAGGAUGACUACGCCGAGAGCACAUCGGAAGAAACCAAGGCGCACAACAAGACUUCCACACAGCUGCUGCAGGAAAGGAUCAAUAUGCUGGGCAAGACGAAGGAGCCACGAACGUCGAAGAGCUUGCACCAGACUAUCCUUGGAGGACAAACUGCAUACCCUCAGCUUCCACGUGAACCAGCGAAAUCUACCACGCCAGCUGAUGAUUCUGACGAUGACUGGAUUGCGCCCUCGAAGCCUGUACACGACAAGUCAACGGAAGAGCAGGUGCCCCAGAAAGAACCUUCCCUAAUACGCCCAGCGAUGCACCAGAAGUCUAUAUCGACAACACAGAUUCCCUCUCCAGCCCGACCAGAGAUGGCAACAGAGGCCCGCCAUGCCAAAGCCACUUCUGUAUCGAUCCCCAAUUUCGCUUAUGCUACGGCUGAGAUACAGUCGACCACGCCAGCUGGAUCGCCAGUGGCCAAGAAGAGUCACGACGGCCCAUUGAGCGCUUCCAAAAGCAAGCUCUAUUCUGUCCUCAAAUCUGCAAAGAACAUCUUCGCGUCCUCCGCAAGUGCCAGCGCAGCGGCGAAGCUUGAGGCGCAUAAUAACUCUCCAUCACGAUCUCCAAGACGUGAUGUCUCAGACGAGUCGAAGACCGCUGCAGUCUUUAACAUGCCCGGCGCACUCUACUCUGAGAGGCAGCUUCCGCCGUCUCCUUCCAGGACCAAGUCUGUCAUCUCUCUUGUCUCCACCAGCCCUAGUAGGAAGACGAGAAGCUCAAACGAGAGUGACAAGAAACGCGAGAAAGAGCUCAAGGCUCAGCAGAAGGCGGCCGAUGACCUCGAGAAGGCUAGAGAGAAGGAGAGACAGAAGGCUGCAAAGCAGCAGGAGGAGAAGCAGAAGGCUGAACAGGCUGAAGCGGCGAAGAAGCAGAAGCAAGCCCAGAAAGCGCUUCCCGAGCGACCCACAACUGCAGGUAGCGAUGGUGCGAGAGACUCGGAGAUGCCACCUCCACCACCACCCAAGACGAUGCUACCACCAGGAAAGCUACGAGCGCCAGGCCGCAUCGCUAAGCCGGGCCAAUCUGCCUCGAAGCCAGCUCCUGUCUUAAUCAGAGUUGGCUCCCAGAGGCUUCACCAUCCUGCGACAUCUUCGCUGUCAAAGUCACAGCACGAGAACUCCGGGCCUCCCGUGCCGCCAAAGCAGCCUGCCGGUCGCGUAGCAUCUGCCCAAGGGAAUAUGCGAAGCUCGACUGCCCCUCAAAACUCCCGACUGAAGGCGUUGGAAUCUGCUGCGAGGAAGAAGGAAGCCGACGAGAAGGCUGCACAGAAGAAAGCCGAACAGAAGCGUGAGCUGGAGCGUAAGCGAGCGGCCAAGGUUGAAGAGGAGCGUCGUGCAGAGGAGGAGCGGAAGGCCGCCGAGCAGCAACGGCAGCAGGAAGCUAAAGCAGCAGCGCAGCGACAGGCUGAGAAGCAGGCGGCUGAUGCAAGACGUCGUGAGGAGCAGCGUCUCGAGCAGCAGCGCCAGCAGGAGGAGGCGCAAAAGGCUAGAGCUGCUCAUGACCUUGCUGAGGCUAUCAAGCGUGAGCGCGCUCAACAACAGGCAGCCCAGCCGCGCAACGAUGUUGGUGGCACGCUCCGCCAGCUGGCGAAGAACACCGUGCCAGAGCAACCUGCGACGAGGCCGCCACUGCAUCCCAACCCUGCGAAGCCUGCCAAGCGGGUCUGGGUGCCGGAGGAAGAUGACCCUUCGAAGCCACAGACGUACCAGCCUCAGCGUCCGGGUGUGCAGAGAGGGCCAGCGAGCUUCCAGCAGUCGCAAAACGACGCAAAGAGGCGCAGGACGAAUGAGGAAGAGAAGCCGGAAGAGGGGAACUCGGUCAUGGCGCCUCCGAAAAGGCCAUCUAACAUGCGGAAGGUGAGCAGAACGGUGAAAACGCUAUUACGAAGAGAGGCUGAUCUUGACCAGGAAUCUACUCUUAACAAGUUCCCGCACGGCUACACUCACGCCCCACCGCCGGUUAACCACCACCCGAGCAUGUUCAAGGCUACCGUAACGGCUCAGCACCAGCUACAACACCCCAACAAGCCCAGCAUGCCUUCUCAUCCUAGCCAAAUGGCACAGAUCUCGAAUACUCGCAUCCCCUUUGGCGAAAACGUCAACCCGCCCGGUCAAGCGUCUCACCACCCUCAAGCAAAGCAGUACGCCGGCCACGAGAACCUCCAACCAGGCACCGCCCAGCAGAACAAAUUCAAGACUCCAGCACGCCCGGCCCAAAUGCCCAAAUCCGCCAAAUCGUCCCCCCUCUACCCGAACGGCGACAACAUCGAACUCCCGGACAUCGAAACGGACUCGGAAGAAGAAGACUCCGACGACGACAACACCGGCUUCCGCGCGCCGUCUUGGGUGGCUUCGCCCGCUCUGCGCGAGCUGCUCACGCAGCAACAGCUUGUCGACCCGGAGACGGUGUUUGGCCCUAUCGCGGAGCUGAAGAUGGAAGAGGUGUUCCGGAAUGGCAAGAAUGCGGAGCGGCUGAAGAAGUUUAGGGAUCGGAGUAGUAGUGCCAUGUGGGUGCAGACCGGGGAUGCGAUUACGAGUGCGGAGAAGAGGAGGGAUAUGGAGGUGAGGGAGAGGGUGGCGAGGGAGGGGGGAUGGAGGUAUGCUCCUGGUUCGUGA